CACGGGGCAGUCUGGGGGCCGUCUGUCCGUCGGUCAGUCCCUCAGGGGGGCGCCCGCCCCCUCCCCUCUGGGCAGCCCCUCAGCGCAGCGCGCGCCCGCACCCCGCCCGGUGCCCUCACCGGCCCGGACAGUCCUCCUGAGUGGAGCGCCCAUUUCCUCCCCGCCCCUCCCCGCCCCCUGUCUCCCCGGACGGGCCAGCGCGAGUGGGAAAUGAAUCAGCAGGACGCGCCCCGCCGCGGGGUCGGCGGGGUGGGUGUCGGGUGCUCCCGGUCCCCUCCAUUCCUCCCCCUCCUCCCCCGGAGCACGUCCUGGAGCCCUGCUCGCCUGUUUUGGGGGGUGAAUGUGGACAAAGGCACCGGCGGACGGCCGGGCUCCGGCGGAGGGUGUGUGUGGCGGGGCCGUGCGGGGCGGGGGAGGGGGCGCGGGCCGCACAGACAAUGCCGGCCGGUGCCGAGCGGGCGGCCGGGCCGAGCUCUAUGCUCUCUCUCCUCUCUUUCCUUGUCUGUGGCUCGCUGAGCGUCUUUCUUUCUCCUCUCCCCCUCCCUCCCCGCCCCCUCGAUUUGAGGGGAGGAAAAUACAUUUUAAUGCCACUCGGCGGCCGCUCCUCUCAGGGCUUCGACGGGCUGGCGGCCGUGGCGCUCCAGGGGUCGCUGCGGCGUCUGGGCUGGCCCGGACGAGCUCCGCCGGUCGCCCCGGGAUUUAAAUGUCCUUCGCUCCGCGCCUUGCCCUGUGGGAGCUGCGCGGGCGGCGGGCUGGACGCCUCUCCUGAGGGAUCUCUCCCGCCGAAGACGCCCCCCGAAUUAAAGGGCGCGAGCCGGGCCGGGAGCGGCUGGCUCUUCCCCUUUCCGAGGCAUGCCCGGGUUUCCUCCCGCCAGAGUUCUCUUUGCGCGAGGGGCCGGGGGUCGCGCUCCGUGCGAGCCGCGGGGAGCAGUGACGGCCCGGGGCUCGCGGCCGGCGGCUGCAGGAGCGCGAGGCGGAGGGGCUCCGAGGCUGCUCCCGCGUCCCGCCCGGAGCGACCGCCUGGCAGCCGGGCACGACCUCGCACUUUGUUCUCAUUUUCAGGUUUAUUUGUGUUCCUUUCAGUUUUCUGUCACCUCCGAAAAGGGGAAACCAAACAAAAGAGUCUCUAUUUCUUUUCAGGGCUUGUAAAGUAGAAGAUAUUUGACAAAGGCGAGAGAAGGACUUGUGAUUUAAAGCUGCACAGCCCUCCUUUCUCUGACAGACCAUGAGAGUUUUCUCAAAUACCGAGUUUUAAGAGCUUUCUCUGUUCUCCCCCCUCCCCCCACCUUCCAGUGUGUUUUUCUGGUCAAUUUUUUUUUUUUUUUAAAGCUAUAGUCAUGGGUGUUUGAGCUGGACUGAAAAGAACAAUGCUGUAGUGAAGCUCCCCUUUCCCCAUAUUUUUGUUCUAAUUGCAAGCAGUGUAUUUUCUACUCCCUCUCAUAUUGCUGUCUAUUUAGAUUGUGGUGGUGAACAUUUUUCCUAAUGAAUGGGGCGAGAUUUGCAAGCGUCACUGUCUCUGAUUUUUAAUUUAAUCUUCUUUCCUUAGUCAGUUCCUUUUAUCUUUCUUUUUGGGAGUCGGGUGGGGGUCUGGGUAGGGGCCCCAAGAGAGAAUUAAGAUUUGUUUUAAUCCUGUCUGGUUAAUUUGAAUUCUAAUGCAAUCUGCAAAUGUGAUUUUCUGCAUGGUCAUUUAUUUCUAAGGCAGCCCCCAGUGUUGCCUUUUCUAGGUGAGAUACCCUUUCCUAAAUCUAGAGGAGGAUUUAACUUCUGAGGUUAUCCAUCCAUCCAUUUUUUAAAAAAAUCUAAUUAACAUUCUUUCAUGUUACACAGCGCAUCACCGCCCCCCCCCCUUUCGUUUUCUGCCUGGUUGAAAUGGAUUGAAACACAUCCAUAGUUUCUCAGUAUAACAAACUAGAGUUUGUGAGUUUUUAUGGCUUGGCUGGCAGUGUUGAGUUUUUUUUUUUUUUUUUCUCCCUCCCUCUCUGUGCUUGACUCUGCUUGCAAGCAAUGAGGAAUGACAGAAGAGCACAUAGGGAGGGUUUCUUGGCUGAUUGCAUUUAAGCCAGGAAUUCACUGUGAAAAUAAAGCCAAGGGACGAUAAAUAAAAGAUGCAAUCUUCUCUAGGAGACAGACACACAGCGUGGGCUUUGCCUGCUUUCAUUGGUGAAGAGGCCUGGGUGAGUUGUAAAAGAAAAUAGUAACUUUUUGAAUAGUCCCCAGAGGGGAAGAAGGCCACUGAAUGGAGUUGGCAGUGGUUGAUAUGAAGUAGUAUGAUGCUUCUCAUAUAGCUUGAAGGUUUACCGCCCGUUCAGAAACACUUACAGCUAAACAAGUGCUGUACAUAUUGUGGAAAAUGUUCUUUUUUCCUCCUCUGAAUUCUGGCAGUUUCCUUAACUUCCAAGUUGUAUUACUUGUUGUGCCAGUCAGCUUAGAGAUGGAAGGCUGUUGAAUGCCUAGCAGCUGGCACUGUGAGAUAGAAAAUUUAUGACCAGGACUUUUCUUGAUGAAGAAGGGAGAGAGUGGCUAGAUUAACCAUCUAAUUUAGCUCCAAGUGGUGGUUUGAAUUGGAACUAAUGUGAGGCUUAUUUUAUAAUUUUGUGAUUUGAGGUAGAACUCCAUUUCACUUCAUAACCUGAAAUGGAAAAGGUCAGAAUACUGUGUUGAUAGCAUCAUAAGUAGUUUUCUAGUAUUGCAAAAGUACAAGUUUGUACAGAAAGUAUUCAUUGACUUUUGUAGAGAUUACUCAAUUGCAGCUACAGACAGUCUAGUUGUUGGACUUUAUUUUACAGUUGUACUGUUGAAGAUUAUUUAAGGAUCAAGGGACAGAGCAUUGGGACCUCCCAGAAAUUAAACAUACUUGCUUAUUUUUCAACUCCUAGAGUUUAAGAAGAAAUUUAAAGGAAAAUAAUUAAACCUUUGGUGUAGUGGUUGUAAGUAAUAUUUAAUUGGUGCAGAACUGUUCAUCACUUGAUUAUGGGAAGUUUUAGAGAAAGCAUAGUUGGCUUAUUUUUGUUAAAUAAGGAUAUAUUGUAAGGGAGUAUCACUGAAGAACAUGUAAAUGUUAUUGACAGCAUUUAAGUAAUGAUUUAGAAGCCAUAUAAAAAAUUUUCCCAAAAAUUUUGCCUGGGAAAGAGCUUUCCUAAAGGAAUUUGAAAAUUGAAUUAUAAAGGAAAAAAUGUAUGUAAAUUACUUGAUUAAAAACAAAAUUUCUGUAAGACUGAAAACAUGAUGAAGCUAGUUAAGCAAUGAACUGGGGCAAAUAUUUGCAACUUGUUUGACCCAAGUGUGGCAGAGAACUCCUAAAAAUUGUGGAAAAAGAUGAAUAACCUGGCAAAAAAUGGGCAACAGACAUCACAAAGAAAUGCAAAUCAUUAAAUGUGUUCAUCUUUACUAAAAGAGACCCAAAUAAAAAUGACAUGCCAUUUUCAUCUGCCACAUUGGUGCAUACUUAAGGGUAGACAGUACCCAGAAUUGGUUGAGGAAGUGGGAAGAUGAGAUGCUGCAUUCCCUGAUGCUUGGUGCAGUAUUUUUGGGUCAAUUCUAGGAAUUUAUCCUAUAGAUACAUGGAUAUUAGUGUACAAAGAUGUUCAGUACAGUGAGCAGUGCUCAUUUAAGUAUGGUUUGCAAUACUGAAAAGCUGGAAUCGAUCUAAAUUUCCAUUGGAAGGGGGCUGGUUAUGAAUACUCAGUGGAAUACUAGGCAAUCAUGAAAAAAUGGAAAUGGGUUUUUAUAUACUGGCAAGAAGAGGUGACCAGCAUAUUUCAUUUAAAAACAAGUCAACUGUUUAUAUAGUAUACUGCAAUUUCUGUUUAAAACAAAAAAAAAGAUAGUCUUGCAUAUAUGUGUAUAAACAUACCUUGAAAGGCUACCCAAAGUCAUUGAAAAGUGACUAUUGCUGGAGAAGGGCAUUCAGAUGAUGGGGAAGGUUUUGGGGGAAAUUUUACAUUUCACUUUAUUGUCUUAAUGGUUGAAUUUUUCUUAAAACUAGAAGCAUAUAUUUUUGUAAUAAAAAUAUUAGAAAAUAUCCUUUUUUUUUUUUUACAAAAAUGUGUUUUUAACAUUUAUUUAUUUUUUAUUUUUACAGCUGAACCUAUGCAUAUUGAGGUUCCUGCACUAGGGGCCAGAUUGGAGCUACACCUCCUGCUUAUGCCUCAGCCACAGCCUCACAGGGUCUGAGCUGCGUCUGCAAACUACCCUGCAGCUUUUGGCAAUGCCAGAUCCUUAACCCACUGAGUAAGGCCAGGGAUUGAACCUACAUCCUCACUGGCACUAUCUUGGGUUCUCAACCCACUGAAUGGGGCCAGGGAUUGAACCUACCUCUUCGACAACACUAUCUUGGGUUCUUAACCCACUGAGCCACAGCUGGAACUCCCUAUUUUUAUUUUAAAUGUGUUUUAUUUUUAAAAUUAUUAUUAUUAUUUUUUGGUCUUUUUUUUUUUUAGGGCCGACCCUGGGGCAUAUGGAAGUUCCCAGGCUAGGGAUAGAAUCCAAGCCACAUCUGUGACCUAUGGCACAGCUGCAGCGACAUGGGAUCUUUAACCCACUGCGUUAGACCGGGGAUCAAACUGGCAGUGCCACAGAGACAAGCUGGAUCAUUAACCAGCUGUGCCACAGCAGGAACUCAAUCCUUUUGUUUUUAAGUAAUGCAUAUUUUUUGUUUUCGGCUUUGUGUGUCUCUGUUCCCCCUUUGUGAAGAUCUGGCAUGCCCUCACAUUUUUUUGUUUUGAAACACCGUUUCCUUAUUUGUGACUAAAUAAUCAUUUAAAGAAAUGUCUAAACAAAAAUUAGAAACUAGGGUCUUUUGUAGGAGAAUGUGGGAACUAAGUUUUAAAAGGAGCUGCUUUUUGUGGGGGGGAGCUGAUUACUUUUGGGAGAGAGGUUCUGUUAAUACUUUGAUAAACAUUCCCUUGGUCUUUUAAGAUUCAUAACCUAAAAUUCAUGAUUUAGAAUUAGCAAGGCAAUAAAAGGUGAUCAUUAUUAGAUUUAAGAUGGUUAAAAUUUUUUUUUUUUUUUUUUGUCUUUUUUGUUGUUGUUGUUGUUGUUGCUAUUUCUUGGGCCGCUCCCGUGGCAUAUGGAGGUUCCCAGGCUAGGGGUCCAAUCGGAGCUGUAGCCACCGGCCUACGCCAGAGCCGCAGCAACGCGGGAUCCGAGCCGCGUCUGCAACCUACACCACAGCUCACGGCAACGCCGGAUGGUUAACCCACUGAGCAAGGGCAGGGACCAAACCCGCAACCUCAUGGUUCCUAGUCGGAUUCGUUAACCACUGCGCCAUGACGGGAACUCCUAAGAUGGUUAAAAUUUUAAUCAGCUAAUUUACUUUGGGCUAACUUGCUGGCCUUUGAUUAUUUUGAUUUUCUUUACAGAGCAGAGAUUAUUAUAGAAAGAUGUGAUUCUAAGAGCACUUUUAGAGUUGGGUGUUUUGUUUAUUGAUGAUAGUACAGUUCAUUGAAUGUAUUUUCAUAUUAAAGUAAUGAUCUAAAAUAAAUUUGAAAUAGAUCCUAUACUUUUUCUGCCUUUCGGUUAAUGAAAAAUUACACAAAAGAAAUUUUGAAACUAGUUGCAUGUAUAUUUUUUAUUUUUCUGUGAGUUGAGAUAUUUGAGUUGCUUAUAAUUGAUUUUUGAAAGUAUUUGAGUAUCUCAGAUAUGCUCAGCAUUGUUGUGAGGGAGUUUAAAUUUUCAAUUUUAGGUGAAGAAAUCUUGGAAUUUGUUAUGAUAAUAGCUUAGUUCUCUGAUGGUUAGUGUUGGUCCAGUGAAGAAAUCUAAAGUGUUCAGGAGAUAAUACUUUCCAUAGCCAAAAGAUUUUAGCAAUACUGGAAGGUGGAAUGACAGAUUUGAAUUAAGCAAACAUUUAUAUUCUUGCUUUAGUCUUUAACUUCUUGCCUCACACCUGUAUUUUGAGUACAUCCUGGGAUUGAGGAUAAAAAGGCUUACCCCCAUUAUUUUAUUUCAACUGUGCAUUAAAUUUCAGCCUUUCUGCAGAUCCAAGACUCAGAUACCUUUCCUUUUCAUAAUAAUCAGGGAGUUCCCAUCAUGGCUGAACAGAAACAAAUCUGACUAGUAUCCAUGAAGAUGCAGGUUCAAUCCCUGGUCUUGCUUAGUGGGUUAAGGAUCUGGCAUUGCCAUGAGCUGUGGUGUAGGUCGUAGACAUGGCUUGGAUCUGGAGUUGCUGUGGCUGUGGUGUAGGCUGGCAACUGCAGCUCCAAUUCCACCCCUAGCCUGGGAACCUCCAUAUGUUGCAGUGUGGCCCUAAAAAGACCAAAAAAAAAAAAAAAAAGCACAAUGCUCUGGAAUGUGUCCUUUAAUAGACAGAUUAUUGCAUCUUGAGGUCAGUAUUGUUUUAAGUAUGUCCUGGACAAUUUUAAAGAUGUUUAUCCCUGACUUCUUUUCUUUUCACAAUGGGUAAUCAUUUGCUAUCGAUUCCAACUCUGAAUGCUUCACUUGGAAAGAUGCAGGUCAACAUGUCUUGUCUUGUAUUUUUUUUUAGCAUGUCUUCUCUACUUAGACUCGUAUUAAGUUUUCUUAAGAAUGUGUGAUUUCAGGGAGUUCCCGUCGUGGCGCAGUGGUUAACGAAUCCGACUAGGAACCAUGAGGUUGCGGGUUCGGUCCCUGCCCUUGCUCAGUAGGUUAACGAUCCGGCGUUGCCGUGAGCUGUGGUGUAGGUUGCAGAUGCGGCUCGGAUCCCGCGUUGCUGUGGCUCUGGUGUAGGCCAGCGGCUAUAGCUGCGAUUCGACCCCUAGCCUGGGAACCUCCAUAUGCCACAGGAGCGGCCCGAGAAAUGGCAAAAAGACAAAAAG